CCGCGACCGGCCAUGCAUUGCAUACCAACAGUACAGAACGUACCUUGCAGUGUGACCGAGCUCGUCCAAAAGGACAUCGGAGCAUAAUUGAAAAGCAACCAGCAAUCAGCAACCAGAAUAAACAAUCACAAUCACGAUCAGCACAAGGUUGAACAGAAGGAGAACGAACCCAAUCAGACUGAGCGACCUCGACCCUCAGAAACAAGAUGUCUUACCUUUCGUCUUUCUCGUUGUCAUCCGAUGAGGAAGAAGAUUUACCUGAUCUCGCGGCGAUUCUGGCUCCCAAACCACUCCUACCGACGAGCAGCGGUAGCGACAAUGCUGUGUUGCGGAGGUCACCACGGCGGAAAGAGAAACAGCAGACGAUACCAAACAUAUUCGGUGAUGAUGAGUAUUGGGAUGUUAAUAUCUCGCGAUCGCCAGUGAAGAAGAAUCAGAGACAACAACCUCCUGGAAGAGGAACAACUGGUGCGGGUGUGUCACGGUUGUCGAAUGCGAGCCCACGGAAGAAGGAUUCGGUACCGCAGUCCCAACCGCAAUCGGAACCGAAACGGACUGGAAGUUCGAGGGGCGUGUGUUCUAGUGCCUCAAACCGGACUGUGUUAAGCCCGCUUGAAAAUAAUAACCUUGCAUCUGCGCCAUCGAAGAAAUCGAACUCGAACUCGAACUCGUUAUCAGCGGCGUCGCCGUGUAAACAAGGAAGGCAAUAUACCAAUGAUGUAGAACGCAAGAGGAACGAUAUCAGGUUGGUUUUGAGCGAUCGACCUCCAAGUAUUAGUGGUCGAUACCAGCAGAGCGAGCAGGGCCAGGUCGACUUCUCGCUUGUUCCGUCCUUUGGGGCGAUGGCGUUGGAGGAAAGGAAUCCAGGUCUGAUUCGGACGCAGCAGCAACCGGGAAAAAAGAAGGAGAAGAGUUUCGCUAUCGACGUCGAUGUCCGUGACAAUGGUGAUGACGACUCAUUGCUGCUGUGCUCGGGGGAGGAUCAACGUGGGCCAAACAAAUUUAUGGCAACGACACCGGCACCGAUUGCUCCUGGGCGGCAUCGUCAAGAGAAGUCUAGACCGGGGCGGUUCACCAGCGCCAGCCGAUUCGUCUUGGCAGAGGCUCGAUGCAAUGACGAUGAGAGCGAUUCCAUGGACGGAGAAGAGAACGAGGACGAGGAUACAGAUCUGAGUGGGUUCAUUGUCGACGAUGACGCCGAGCUCAGUUACCAUGAUUCCUCAGAGUCGGACGGCGGCUGUCCCGAGCAGGAUGAUGAGGAUAUGUUCUAUGGGAAGAGGUUAACAACGAGACGACUCGUUGUGCCCGAAGCCACAUCUAGGGAAGGCAGAACAAGAAGAAGAGGAAGAAGACUUGUGCGUGGUUCACCGGUACGGAAGGAGAACACAGGCGGGAAAGGCUACUCGGAGGAGUCAGAAGACGAUUCAGGUCCAAACGAGGGCAACUUGAACACAAAGACGGCCAAGACUUUAUCCAGAGCAUUUCGAGACCUGGCUCUCGAUCCUGGAAGUGGUCGCAGCGAAAAUGUGCCUCGGGGAAAAGGAGAGGUUGAAGUCAUUGAUCUCACUUCAUCUCCAGUUCAACCACCAUCCAACUUGUUACAAUCUGUAGACAAUACCAUCGAACCGAACAGACCACCACUACCGUUGUUGGGAGAUCUUGGAGCAAGCGUGAAAUUCGAUCCACCCAUGUCAAAGCCCGGGCUGUCGAUACCAUCAAAGACCAUGGGAGGUGUUCCAAAGGUUGAUCAAGACAGAUCGAUUGGCGACAACAAAGACGACAAGGGCGUCGAGUUCAAUGCACCUCCGGCCACACCACCUCGGACGCCGCCCAAGUCCAAACUAAAGUCACCUUCGAAGCUGCUGUCCCCGUCGAAACGGCAGACGAUCCCCCAGUCACCUCACCGUCAGAGCAUGGAUGCGUUUUGGGACCAUAAUGUGGUCAAUGAGUGGAACGACGCAUACUCGCCCAAAAAGGCGCCAGCUACAACAUCUCCACGAAAACGUCUCUUUGUGCCCUUGGACAUCUUUUCCGAUAUGGAGUUGGAAUCGGAACCCGGAGAGACAAAGACCCAUCAACAUUGUGACAGCUCUACCGGGUCACUACCAAGUCCAUGUUUGUCACCACGCAAGACCAGAUCUCCGACAAAGCCGAGCCCCGAGAAGGAGCAAAAGAGACGUCUGUUGGAAGAGAAACGAGCGGCGGCGGCACGCAAGAAAGAAUUCGACAAUCGCAAAGGUCAAAUGGCCAUUGAACUGCUUCGUGAAUUGGACGCCAAUGUGGCCAACGGGCGACUGGGAGAAUUGUCGGCGAGCACGGGCGGCGUGCGGGUUGUGUGGUCCAAAACACUCCGGUCGACAGCCGGGCGAGCGAAUUGGAAAAGAACUGUGACGAAACCGUCAGGGUCACCGGUGAAAGCAGGUAACACAGCUGACGCAGCACAACUGGCAAGUGGUGUCAAAAUCCAACACUUUGCCAGCAUCGAGUUGGCGGAGAAGAUCAUCGACUGCGAAGACCGCCUGGUUAACACGCUGGCGCACGAGUUUUGUCAUCUGGCCAACUUCAUGGUCAGCAAUGUCCGCGACCAGCCGCACGGCGCGUCGUUCAAGCAGUGGGCCAACAAAGUCACGGCGCAUCUGAGACAGUCCAAUGUUCCUGUUUGGCGCGACGUCCAGGUCACCACCAAACACAGCUAUGUCAUCAACCACAAGUAUCUGUGGGUCUGUGUUGGUCGCCCAGAGAGGACCGCCGUCAUGGAUUAUCUCAAUUUGGGUUCGGAAGGAGGUUGUGGCGCCGAAUACGGUCGGCAUAGCAAGAGUAUCGAUGUCGAGAAACAUCGCUGUGGGAAAUGUAAAGGCAGAUUGGUCCAGGUGCGGCCAAUACCCCGAGCGAGUCCGAGAAAAAAGUCGAGGGUGGCUGGUGUUGAUGUCGAUGGCCGGUCAACGUCGAUGUCGAGCAGCAGAGAAGGAAGCGCAGAUACUGCAUUGACUUUCAAUUCCGGUUCGAGUUCCAGCACCCCUGUUUCUGUCUCUGAUUCUGGUUCAAUUUUGGGCUCUCGUAGUUCGAGUGGGCACAGCAAGAGCAUGACCGGGAGUGAUUCGUUGGACUCGAUGGUCGAGACCAUCGAACUUGACUGAUUAUUGAUUAUGUGAUUGGUAAUUGACAAGCCAGUUUGACUCGUGGAUGGGUGUGUUUGGACGGCGAAACUGGUUGCAGGGGAAUGUUCCUUUCUGAGAGCGUGUGGACCUGCAUUCCGAUCACAUUGAGGUGAUCUCGGGUUUCUUGUCUGGUCGAUCACCUGGUCAUGGUUAUUGGGGAGCACUGAUUAGUUCUUUUUGUUUUUGCGAAUACCCGGUUGAGCUGCGGCGUUGUUAGGAGCUGAGCCGGUUUGGGUUUUAUCGACCUGGACUGGAUGGAUUGUCUCAGAUCUGGACUGGAGUUGGAUGCACUGCAUUGCACUCCAUUGUAUGUAUUAUUUCAAUUCAAGGCGGCAUUGUGUGUUCGUUUCCCCCUCUAUCGUUGUGUGCUAGUGGAAUCUUUCUUCGAGGAACUCGACAGAACAGACAUUGUCGAACGUGUCCUAGAUAUUGGCAAUGCCCAAGGUCAAGAUUAAUAAUGAAUCCCGAGCUGUCCAAGUCCAAAGCAACUUGAACCACCUUGCGGUCUG